UACAGGGAGGAGGACUCCAUCUCGGCAGAUGGUGGGCCAGGGACCCUGGAAGCUAGACCAGAGUCAGUCCUGCUCUCAGAGACUCUGGGGCUUCCGUACAGGGAGGAGGACCCCAUCUCGGCAGAUGGUGGGCCAGGGACCUGCCAGAGCCAAGCUCCCUUUGCUCUCAGGAAGAUGAAAGAGGUGGGGCCUUACACAAAGGGUGAGGCGUAUGGAGAGCAGAGCCAGGACACUCGGGCACUGCAAGUGGCCAAGCUAUUGACCAUGUGGGAGGAAGGAGGGGGAAUUGUCCUCCAGAACAAAUGUGGGCCUCACGGACAGCUGAUCUGGUUCCUGCUCCUGAAGUAUCGCACAAAGGAGGUGACCACGAGGGCAGAAAUGCUGAGUAGCAUCAUCAGAGAGUACCAGGACCACUUUGCUGUAAUCUUUAGGGAGGCCUCUGAGUGCAUGCAGCUGGUUUAUGGCAUUGAUGUGAAGGAAGUGGACCCCACCAGCCACACCUAUGUCCUAGUCCCCAACCUGGGCCUCACCUAUGAUGGGAUGGUGAGCGAUGAGCACAGUAUGCCCAAGACUGGCCUUCUGAUACUCAUCCUUACUAUAAUCUUCUCCGAGGAUGAUUGUGUCCCCGAAGAGAAGAUAUGGGAAGCACUGAAUGCCAUGGGGGUGCAUGCUGGGAUGGAGCAUAGCAUCUAUGGGGAGCCCAGGGAGCUCCUCACCAGAGUUUGGGUGCAGGAACAGUACCUGGAGUACCGGCAGGUGCCCAACAGCAAUCCUGCACGGUACGAGUUCCUGUGGGGUCCCAGGGCCCACGCUGAGACCACCAAGUUGAAAGUCCUGGAGUUUUUGGCCCAGGUCAAUGGGAGUGACCCCAGAUCCUUCACACGCUGGUAUCAGGAGGCUUUGAGAGAGGAGGAACAGAGAGCCCAGGCCAGGGUUAGCACCACAGAUGAUACUACGGCCACGGCCAGUGCAAGCUCUUCUGCCAUGGCCAGUACCUUCUUCUGCCCUGAGUGA